AUGCCACAGCCAAGUCAAGAAGAAAUAAAAAGAAUAGCCGAGGAUUUUUAUUUAAAAUGGCAAUUUCCUAACUGCAUGGGCUCGGUAGAUGGAAAACACUUCAGAAUAAAAAAGCCCCCACUCAGUGUUAGCGAUUAUUACAACUAUAAAAGGUAUUUUUCAUUGGUUCUUCAGGCAGUGUCAGACGCAGAUUAUAAAUUUAUAGCCAUCGAGGUUGGAGGAAAAGGCAGACAAAGCGAUGGUGCACCACAAAAUCUGCCAGGCUCAAAUGUGAAAUUACCUUAUGUUUUAGUAGGUGACGAGGCUUAUCCCCUGAAAACGUAUUUAAUGCGUCCUUAUCCCUCCACGAAUUUAAACACAGAAAAAAGAAUUUUUAACAAGAGAUUGUCACGGGCAAGAGUAACGAUUGAAAAUGCAUUUGGUAUUUUGUCCAAUAAAUGGCGUACUAACACAAAACACGCAAAACUUAUCAUAAAGGUCGCAUGCCUAUUGCAUAAUAUUGUGCGAUCCAGAGAUGGUAACUCCGAUAGAGAUUUUAACGAGUAUAUGAUGAAUGACAAUCCUCCUCAAGUGAGCGCUAUCGCUACCAGCAGCAGUGCAAAUGGCGUUAGUGUCAAGUCGGAGAACUUCAAACUGCCCCGGGUCGUCAUAAAAUCAUUCACAGCCAUGAUCGAUAAGUAUUCUUCUGACGCAGACGAAGAAUAA